AUGAGCGGAGUGUUUGGCUUGUUGUCGCUGUUUACAGGCCAUCCCAUCAAUUUUCUUCAAUGGCUUUUCUAUCUGGCAUCUUUCAUUGUGAUUCCGGUUUACUGCCACGGAAUGCUGUCAUUGAAGAAGCCCAGGGCUCGUCACAUGUCACUGAUCAGCGUGGUUUACAUGCUGGACACCAUUGUUGGACUAUUCUACACGAUCUAUUUUGCUUGGCUGUGGUUUGCCGAAGAAGAUUCGGAUGCGGCUUCGGCUUCUACAGCCUACACGGGCGAGAAGCUUGCAAGGGCUGUUGAGGAGGAUGUCGUCGCGUUGGGACCCGUGAAUACCAACUAUGUCUGGGAUAAAGUGGCGAGUAACGAGGCCAUUCGCAAGGCUGCGAAUGACUAUAUUAUUUCACCGUUGGUAGGCAGGGCUCUUUCCGAGCGUGGAGCUGAUUUGGCAUCUCAAUCUGCCAGCAAAGGGUAUGAAUUGUUUGUCACAGUGGCAUCCUCGGUUGGCGCUAAUGUUCUGAGAAUAUACUUCACGCUGGUGGUCUUGUCUUUCACCAAACAGCUGAUGAGGGCCGCUAAGUUUAACAACGAGAGGGAGGACACAAGGCUGACAAGCUUUUCGAAAUUGGACAAGUUUCUGACCACUCUGGAGCUGAAGUCGAUCAGGAUUCUGAACAGGAUAUUCAGCUAUUGA